AUGAGAGUGUCCUGGUUGGCAUUCGUGUUUGGACUUCACCAGAGUCUGCUCUGCAAAGACCAACAUGGCUGCAUCUUGGCUUUUACUCUACGUGGAGUGACCUGUUUUUCAUCUCUAGGCCAUGGAACAAUCUUCUUAACAUUUGCUUACGGCCUGAUCAACCAGUACCAUUUCAUCAACAAGUCCAAAAGCUGGAGUGAGGCACAGCAGUACUGCAGAGAGCACUUCACUGACCUGGCCACAAUACAGAGAGUGGAGGACCUGAGCAGAGUCCACAUCCCAGCUGCUCAGGUUGCUUGGAUUGGUCUUCAUGAUGACCCUGCUGCAUGGUUUAAAGUCAUGACCAAUGCCUCAAACUCCUGGAGAUGGUCUGUUACUGGGGCCACCAGCCCUGGAGGCUACCAGAACUGGUGGAGAGGAAGUCCAGAUAAAUGGCGUGGUGUCAAAAAGUUCAUUCUGGUUAAUGACUUCAGUAGGACAUGGCCCGCCUGCAAGACAAUGUGCAGACAGAACUACCAGGACCUGGCUCAGAUUGAGAAUGCAGCGGACAAUCAGGCUGCGAUGACGGCCUUAUCUGGAGUGCAAAAUGCCUGGAUUGGUCUGUACCGAGACAUGUGGCUCUGGUCGGACCUCAGCAACACUGUGAUGCCUCGAUCAGCUGCAAGAAUCACUUUGAAGCUUCAGAGUUCUGCAGACCUCACUGACCCCAAGAUCCAGAAACUGUUUUUGAAAGCGCUCGAAGAAAAGCUAGGAAUGAACGUGACCAUCAAGGGGAUCCAAAAGGCCGAGCGCAAACAGCCUUGA